UGUGUUUUCAACAGAGGGAGAGCCGAGAAGAAAAAUGGCGUCGUUUGGCGACCCAGAGCGGGACACCGGCCAUUCACUUUGAGCUUUCCGCCUGAAAUUGGAGACCCUGGGCCGGUGGGAAUUUCUCGGGAACUUUCGCAUGAACCGCCUGCGUGUUCCCUCGUAGUUUUUUUCUUCCCUGCGCCUGGCUUCUCGCGGCUCCGAGAUUGAAGCGGAACAGAAGAGGCGCUCUCCUACAAUGAGGGGGAGACGAGGAAGGCCGCCCAAACUGGCAGCAGCGAUGCGGGAAGGCUCACCCGGUCCAGCCCGCGGCUCCCGGAGCGGAAGGGGCAGAGGGAUGCGAGGACGGGGACGAGGCAGAGGACGGGGUCGCGGACGCAGCUUCAGCGACGGCGCUUGUGCUAGCAGCUCUGCGGAGGUGGACGCGGAAAUAUCAGGCCGAGAGAACUUUCAUUUGUCCCGGGGCCGCAAGAAAGUUGGAGCCGCCGCCGCUGAGGCAUCGCGGGGCAGGGGAGGCAGAGGAAGAGGCAGGGGGUCGAGAGGCGGCCGCGGCAGUAGAGGCGGAGUGAGACGGCCUCCGAUCAAGGUGGUGUACGACGACAACAGCGAUGAGGAGGACGACAAUUUGAGCUACCGAUCGGAGGAAGACGAACUCCUGAACGAUAACCCUUCGUCGGAUCUUGAGGAAGAAGAAGAGGCCUUGGGGAACGAGUCAGACUAUCUGGAGGAGCUAGAACAAGAUGAUGAUGAUGCCAGCUACUGCACCGAGAGUAGUGCAAUGAGCCACAGCUCGCUCGGUAGCACGCCAGGCAAGCGAAGGAGUCAAGUGGCACAGCAACAGUCUCCCAUCUUUGAGGCAAAAGACAUUCCCCCCUUGGAGCUUCCCAAGUCCUCCGAGGACCUCCCAGUUCCUACCUCACAGCUUCUCAACGUGUCCGCCGUCUACGAGGUCCUCCGCAACUUCGGCACAGUGCUGCGGCUGUCCCCUUUCCGCUUUGAGGAUUUCUGUGCAGCGGUGGCCAGCCAGGAGCAGUGCAUGCUGCUAGCGGAGACUCACAUCUCCUUGCUCAAAGCUAUUCUCAGAGAGGAGGACACUUCCAAUACCACAUUUGGGCCUGCUGACGUAAAGGAUUCUGUUAAUUCAACGCUCUAUUUUGUGGACGGUAUGACCUGGCCGGAGGUUUUGAGGGCGUACUGUGAGAGUGACGCGGAAUACCGGCAUGUUCUGCCUUUGCAGGAAGGGGAAGAUUACCCCUUUGAACCGUUGGAGAGUAAAAUUAAAGUUCUUCAAUUUCUAGUGGACCAGUUCUUGGCGACCAACAUCGCGAGGGAAGAGCUGAUGUCAGAAGGCGUGGUGGCCUAUGACGACCACUGCCGGGUGUGCCACCGCCUUGGCGACCUGCUGUGCUGUGAGACUUGUGCAGCUGUUUACCACCUCGAGUGUGUGAAGCCGCCGCUGCAGGAAGUUCCAGAGGACGAGUGGCAGUGUGAGGUGUGCGUGGCCCACAAGGUACCCGGAGUGGCUGACUGCAUCCCCGAGGUACAGAAGACAAGACCAUUCCUUCGCCAGCUGCCAGUCGGCUAUGAUAGACACCGCCGCAAAUACUGGUUCUUGAAUCGCCGCAUUGUUGUAGAGGAGGAUGGUGAUCAGGAGGAUAAAGCCAUCUGGUACUACAGCACCAAGGUCCAGCUAGCUGAGCUCAUAGACUGCUUGGAUAAGGAGUACUGGGAGGCCGACCUCUAUGCUGCCCUAGAAGAAAUUAGGGAUGAGGUUCACGCACACAUGGACAUCACAGAGGACCUCACUAACAAGGCUCGGGGCAACAACAAGUGUUUCCUCACCAUUGCUAAUGAGGAGAUCCUGGAGCGUCUUCGGGCCAAAAGGGAGGAAGAGCUGGAGGAGGUGAAGAAGCGGGCCGCUGAGGAGGCUCUCAAAGCUCGUCUGGAGCAGGUGAAGGACGAGGUGGAGCCGGUGGAGGCGGUGGAUGUGGUGAAAGACAGCGAAGACACCAAGGUGAAUGAAGGCGACGGACUUCAGGACAUCGACAUCAAAGAUGCAGCCAAGGAGGACGAGAAGGAGACAAAUGGAGACGUCAAGGAGGAGAAGAAAUAUGUUGUCACAGCUGAAGGAGAAAACCCAUCAUCCGAUUGUGUUCCUGUCAGUGGCGAUGAUGUCCCAAGUCUCAGCCAACCUAAUCAGAUGGAGGAAAACAGCAACAGUAGCAUGGGCGUAAUGGUCACCUCCAGGGGCCCUGAACUUCCAGACCUGGCUGACAAGUCCUUCCAGUCAUCCCUGGCAAGCUUCGAAGACACAGGAGAGAGCAAAGAUUCCACCAGUGGAGAGAUGGUGUGUCUCGGUAGUAAGAAGUCUGCUGCAACUCGCAUGGUGACUCGACUAAGAAACCCAGACAGCAAGCUGAGCCAGAUGAAGAGCCAGCAGGUGGCUGCAGCCCUUCAUGAAGCCAACAAGGGCUUCAAGGAUGGUAAAGAGAUCCUCAUUGUAAAUGCACAAGGUGAUGUCACCCGUGUCAGCACACGCAGUAAAGACGUGGUGAUGAAGGGCAUGCUCUGCCAAUUCUUCAAACUGGGCCAAGAGGGGAAGUAUCGUAUCUAUCACAACCAGUACAGCACAAACACCCUCGCCCUCAACAAGCACCAGCACAGAGAGGACCACGACAAAAGGCGGCAUCUCUCCCACAAAUUCUGCAUGACGCCGGCAGGGGAAUUCAAGUGGAAUGGGUCCAUCCAUGGUUCUAAGCUGAUCACCAUCUCUACACUGAGACUCACCAUCAUCCAGUUGGAGAACAACAUUCCAUCACCGUUCAUGCACCCGAACUGGGCCUCACACAGGACCAACUGGAUCAAAGCAGUACAGAUGUGCAGCAAGGCCAGAGAGUUUGCUCUGGCUCUCGCCAUCCUGGAAUGUGCCAUCAAGCCUGUGGCAACCAUGCCGGUUUGGAAGGACUCACUCGGCCACACCAGGUUAAACCGCAUGACUUCCAUGGAACGGGAGGAGAAAGAGAAAAUAAAGAAAAGGGAGAAGAAGCUGGAGGAUGAGGAGACGAUGCAACAAGCCACCUGGGUCAAAUACACUUUUCCAAUUAAGCACCAGGUGUGGAAGCAGAAAGGAGAAGAAUAUCGUGUUACUGGCUACGGGGGUUGGAGUUGGAUCAGUAAAACCUAUGUCCAGAGGUUUCUCCCAAGGCUUCCUGGCAACACCAAUGCCAACUACCGCAAAGAACUUGAAGAUGCUAAGCUUGGCCUGAAGUGCACCCUUUUGAACUUGAGUCAACGACACAAUGUCCAUGAACCUGAAUCUCAGGGAGUCUCCGACUUGAACAGUGAUACCAGGACAGACAACUCAUCUGCUCCCUCCAGACCUGCCACAGACAAUCAGACCUCGGUUGAAAUGUUGGAUUCUAGCAAACAACUAAAAGAAGACAUGAAAGAAGAGACACCUGAGGGACUGGAUGUGGACCAGUCACCAGCCAAGAUGGAGUUGGAUCCCACAGACUUACAAUCACAAGAUGAGCAAAUGUCAAGUGUUAAGGAGGAGUACACAGAUGACCCCCUUCGCCCUUUUAACUAUGAUGUUGUGGAUGUCAGUAAGGGCUUCCACACACGCAUCCCUUACAAGAAGAAAGUCAAACCCUCUAAACUUGACAGCCUGCUGGAGCGUCGAGUCAAGCAGCAUGCCAUCGAAGAGCUGCAGAAGCGACAGGUGUCUGCAACUAAAUCCCAGACUCCCACACCUUCAUCAACACCUCCACCUCAAUCCACCCCCGUCCGGCCACGGUUGCCGCUUAAGCCCCAAACUCUGGCUCAGACACUGCUCAAAGAGUGUGAAUAUGUGAAAGAAGAGCCAAGUUCAGAAACACCUGGGCCUGCACAUAUUGGAAGAGUUGAAGGUGGCAGUCAGGCUGCCAAUGAGAUAGCCUCUCGCCUUUCUUCUGCUCCCGAUUCAACACCCAAAGACUGUUGUAGUUUGGAUACAGGAGAAUCCACUUCACCUCCAAACCACACCAACACCGUUUCCCCAGAUCUGGAGAUAGACUCAGAAGAAAGGACUAUGGGGCCAAAAGAUUGCUCCUCAGAGCAACAAACAGGCAGUGAUUGUAUAGACACUCCCAAGACCGCACUUAUCGAAAAUAUUGGGUCUGAGGUACCUAAUUUAGACUUGGUAAGGACACUUACAAAAGAUGUUGACCAAAAACACAUUCAGAACACAUCUCUUCCCAAACCAUCCUUGCACAGCCCAGAGACGUUAAGCUCGGUGGAGCUGGCCAUGCAGGCAAAUGGCACGGUUGUUGAUGAAAAUCAGAACAGACAAGGUUCUCCUGAACACUCUCCUCUUUUAGUUUCCCCUCUUCCUCAGAUAAACGGCAACGAUGGUUUGGGGAGUGAUGUGAGGUUGAGUCCAAUUAAUAGUGUUCAUAGUAACAGUACCAAGGUGAACAACAUUGAUCAAGUAGAGGAUCCGGGUAAACAACAAAAGCCUUUGGUUAAUGGAGAUUUUUCUCUUGCUAACAAAAGUAUACACACUGUGGAAAAGGAAACCCUCUGUAAAGAAACAGCCGAGUGCAACAUAACAUCAGAUGUGGACUACAAACCUCCCAUAAAGGUGUUAAAGCUGGAAAAUGACAUAGAUGUAUAUACAAAUAACUCUCCACUGCUCAAAAGCAAAUCAGAAGCGCAUUCUGCAAAUGCUAAAGCUAGUCCUGCAGUCAAGAUAAUCAGAAUGGCACCCUCUCCUAUACCAUCAGCAGAGGAGUCCAGUUUGAGUGAUGAGUUUGCAGAGGAGAAUAGCCAAAGCGGCACGAUGACACCAUUCAAGACCCUCUUUACACAGGUAACGACCACCUCCACGACCACCACCACUACAGUGGUUUCCACAGAGACGAGAACACUCCCAUUGAACACAUCUGUAGAAGCUGAAACAUCUCUGGCGGAGAGCGCUGUAUCUACCCUCACCACCAUGACCAAAACAACCGUGACCAAAAUCUCAUCUAGUUCGUCAGAAGACAGCCAAAGUGAAAUAAUUGCACAAAAACAGGAGACAACUGUUUCAUCCUCCGUCAUGAAGUCGACAACGGACCCGAGUGGUACCUCAGUGUCACAUGUAUUCCAGGAAGACUCCACAACCAGAGGCCGCGUACGCCUGCUUAAAUUCUCCCUCACCAAGAAGGCGCGCUCAGACACAGCCCUUCCGUCUUAUCGCAAGUUUGUCACCAAGAGCAACCGCAAGAGCAUUUUUGUGUUGCCUCACGACAGUUUGAAGGUGCUGGGAAGGCGUGGGGGAUUCCGCGAAGUUGCUGUCUUUAACUAUAACGCCAAGCCGGCCCAGGAUAUCUGGCCGUAUCCUUCACCCCGGCCGACGUUUGGUAUCACUUGGAGAUAUCGCUUGCAAACAGUGAAGACUUUGGCUGGUGUGAGUCUGAUGCUGAGACUGCUCUGGGCCUGUUUGAGAUGGGAUGACAUGGCUGUGAAACCAUCCGCAGCUGUCAGUACUGCACGUACAGAGACAUCAGACACUGAAAUCACCACCACAGAGAUCAUAAAGCGCCGUGACGUGGGUCCCAACAGCAUUCGUUCGGAAUACUGUAUCCGCAAAAUUGUUUGGCCUCUUGGAGCUCCCGAGACCCCCAAAGAAACUCAUACCCCACAGAGGAAGGGGCUGCGCUCCAGUGCCUUGCGUCCCAAGAAGCCUGAGCCUGCCAAGCAGACAGGUCCAGUUGUGAUGGAGACUUGGGUUGCUGAGGAAGAACUGGACCUGUGGGAGAUCAGAGCCUUCUCAGAGAGGGUAGAAAAAGAAAAAGCUCAGGCAGCUGAACAAGCUAAGAAACGUCAGGAGCAGAAACCAGGCUCGGUCACGGUCACUCCGACAGGAACUCCUGCGCAACCCACCGCAACACCUAAGGUCGUAGUGGGGUCGCUGUCAGGCCAGGGAACUCCAAGUGCCAAGGUGGUUCUGACCUCCAAGGCGGGCUCAGUCAAAUAUCAGCAGAACAAGAAUUUCCAGCAGUCAUUUGCCACAUGGAUUAAACAGGGUCAAGGCACACAAGUGGGCACAGAGGCCAAUGCAGCCGCAGCUAGCGGCCACACGUUUCAGAUUACCGAAACCACAAUGGAUGGUAAAGUAGUGACCACCAAGGUGCCGCUUCCAGCGAACAGCAAGAUCAUCACAGUCAACAUACCAACUUCACAAGGAGGAGUUGUGCAGCAGAAGGUGCUUGGUAUCAUCCCGCCCAGUACAGCGGGUGGUGCUCGGACCUUUACAGCAUUACAGCCACGCAAUAUGAGGCCUGGUCUCCCAGGGUCCCAUCAACUGGUAAAUAUAGUAUUUUGUGUGUGUACCAUAUUGUUGUUGUUCAUGAGUAUCAAUCCAAAUCUUAUCCUUGAUGUGCAGAUCCGUCCUAAGACAGUGACUGGAGCUAUGGGGAAGACAGUUCUUCCAGCACCCCUUGUGGUCCAGCAAGGUCAGGCUGGUCAACAAGUAGUGACUCAGAUUCUACAAAGCCAGGCAGUGUCCACCUCAGUUACUGGAGCCAGCCCUGUUGCCACGGUUACUGGUCAGGUGGCAGCCAGCACCGCUACGACGGGAACGCCAUCCGGCCAGGUUAAACUCACCCUGGCACAGCUCGCUCAGCUAACACAGAAGCAGCAGGCUGGCUCAGGUGUGGAUCGCCAGGCGGGUGUCACCGGCACCCAUCAGGCUGUGACUGUGAUGAUCCAGGGUCAAGGGCAGACAUCCGGUCAACUUCAGGUCAUACCGCAUGGAGUUACCGUCAUCCCCGGUCCCGGCCAGCAGCUUAUGCAGGCCACCCUGCCCAAUGGUCAGGUGCAGCGCUUCUUAUUCACGCCACCAUCCGCAGUGGCCACACCCACGUCAAACGCAGCCAACACACUCUCCGGUCAGCCUAACUCUGACUCCACGAAAACGCCGGCCCAGCCUGCUCAACAGGCAGCUGCCCCGUUCCAACCAGGGGUAGCAACUCUAGCCGCCUCCAGCACCCCACAAGGCCAGUUACCUCCACAGACGCAGGCCCACAUGCCCAUUCAGUCUCCCACCUCGCUGCAGGGAGGAACUGCCAAGCUACAGCAGAUGCCCCAGCUCAUCAUGUCUGGGCUGCAGCAGCAGGUCCAGGUACUGGCCCAGCUGCAGACUCAGAGUGGAACAUCUGUGCCACAGCACUUCAAACUGCAGCUUCCUAUUCAGAUACAACAGACCGGGCUCAAGUCAGCUCAGGCGGGAGAGGUCGGGAACGUCGUGACCAUCCAGGCUGCGUCCAUACAGGAGCAGCUCCAGAGGAUCCAACAGCUCCGAGAGCAGCAGAAGAAGAAGAAGAAACAAGCUGCAGAGGCCAAGAAAGAGCAAGCUCUCAACUCUGUCAGCCAGAGGGACAUGAUUCAGAAGCAGGUUGUAACAAAGCAAAAUGCUUUGAUCGAAUAUCUGAAGCAGAAGAAGACUGUGACACCCGAAGAGAAAGAAGAGAAUCAGAGAAUGAUUGUAUGCAAUCAGGUCGUGAAAUUUCUCCUGGACCGCAUAGACAGGGAUGAGAGGCAGGAGGCUAACAGGAAGAAGAAAGAGAAGGUGGUGGAGUCAAAGAGGAAGCUUGUGAAAGCCAACAAGCUCGCUGCACUUCUUCAUCGCCACAAAGAAAGCCUGAAAAAUGAGAUCUUGAAGAAACGGGCGCUUCUUGAUGAGAGGCUUCGUCUGGAAGCGCAGGAGGAGCUAAAAAUGGACCUUCUCAGGAUCCGGAGGGAGAAGGAGAGAGCUCAGGCCGCAGCCGUACAGGCCGCCCAAGCCGCCGCUUCUGCUCACAGGCAGCAGCAACAUGCUCAAGCCCGCGUACAAAACAUAACCAUUCAUCAGCAGCAUGCCACCACCGUCGCCACCACACACAAGAGGAAACGUGACGAAGAGAGGGAGCUCACAACUUCGGCUAAGUCCAAGAAAAAGAAGAUGAUCUCCACCACCAGCACCAAGGACAGCAAGAAGGACACCAAACUUUACUGUGUCUGCAAGACGCCUUACGAUGAGACCAAGUUCUACAUCGGAUGCGACCUGUGCACCAAUUGGUAUCACGGUGAAUGUGUGGGAAUCACAGAGAAAGAAGCCAAGGAUAUGGAAGACUAUAUCUGUGUGGAGUGUAAACAGGGCCGGCAGAGUACCAAAGAGGAGCUCUACUGCAUCUGUCAGACACCAUACGACGAAUCUCAGUUCUACAUUGGCUGCGACCGCUGUCAGAACUGGUACCAUGGCCGCUGCGUGGGCAUCCUGCAGAGCGAGGCGAACCACAUCGACGAAUAUGUGUGUCCGCAGUGUCAGUCCACAGAGGACGCCAUGACUGUCCUCACGCCGCUCACAGAAAAAGACUAUGAGGGCCUGCGGAGGAUUAUGCGCUCUUUAACGGCCCAUAAAAUGGCGUGGCCAUUCCUUGAACCAGUGGACAAAAACGAUGCCCCUGACUACUACAAAGUUAUCAAGGAACCAAUGGACCUUUCCACCAUGGAGGAGCGGUUACAGAAGCGCGGUUACGUGAGACUAACGGAGUUUGUAGCAGACAUGACCAAAAUCUUCGACAACUGCCGCUACUACAACCCCAGCGACUCGCCCUUCUACCAGUGUGCCGAGGUUCUGGAGAGUUUCUUUGUCCAGAAGCUCAAAGGCUUCAAAGCCAGCAGGUCUCAUAACAACAAACUACAACAAUCGGCAGCCUCUUAGCACUCUUGUAAAAACAGUUUUUUUUUAAGUAGAAUUGAUUAAAUCGUCUGAAAAUACGCUCCAGUGCAAAGACGAGGGAAGUGGACGGUUACGACAAUUUCAAGUGGUGACCUUCAAGUCAACUCACUGGGGAUUUGGACCCAACCGCACAAAGUCCAGUCAACCUCCACAUGAGUGGAAAGAUCCAGACGCCAAGGAAGUGUAUGGCAAUGUGUACGGCAGCUUAAGCUCAUGUUUCACCUGAUGGUAAUUGAGUAGUAAUUGGUGCAAAACCUUAAGCACUUUAUUUUUUUUUUUGGGGGGGGGGGGACUAUCUGCGCCCCUCACGAGAAAAUUUAAUUUGUCAGAAUUUAAAAGGGGUAAGUGUUCAUAACAUUCAUGAUUAUUUCAUGUAUUUAUUGUGAAAAGGUUGACACACCAAACAUUUAUUAUAUAAUACAUAUACAUCAAUCAGACAAGAAAGCAAAGUUCUCAAUGGUUGUGAGAAGAGAAAUAUUUUUCAUACUUUUGGUUGGUUUGGGGCUUUUUUCUUAUACUUUUUUAUUUUAUUUUUUUCAAAAUUAUUGAUUGUCAAAACCUUUUGUGAGCCAACAUUUUGUUGUCAACCAUUAUACCAGAAAUUUCAUCGCUAAAAAGAAAUAUAGAAAUUGUGUGUAAAUUGACACAAGGAAGUGGCAAAAAACUAUAGCAAGCAUAUCACCCAUUUCUUUUUUCGUUUUUUUUUUUUUUUUUUACUAUUUAUUGCGGAUGGCCGAUAAUUAUCGAUACCACAUGAAAAUUCAAUAUUGGUUUCCCCUGAUAUAAAAAUGAAAUAAAAUGCUGUACAUUCAAUCACUGUUCAUUCCACCACAGGAUAUAUGUCAUGUUACACAUAUCGAUAUCGGAAAAAGUUAAGUUUUCGGCUAAGAAGUCAAUAUUGGACAUCCCUACUAUUUCAGAAUCCGUAUAGGAGAACAUGAUAUUUUAGUUGAAUGAAGUUUUCCUAUAACUAAUAUUGCAGUAUUUGUCUCAUUUUGCACAAACAAUGUUUAUUUGUAAAAAAUGGGUCCUGUGGCAUCACAGUUAAAGAGUGUGUUGCCAGUUUUAGUAUCGGUCGAUAUUAUUAUAUGUCUAAUGAAGUGCUGGACUAUAUUGGAUAUCCAUAAGAAAGCCAGUAUCCAGCAUCUCUUAUGUUUUGUGUUCUUAUCUUAAUUAUUAAUUGGGUUGAAUCAACAAAUGGAAAUAUUCGGAUAUCAAACUUAUUGUCAUAUUUUAUUUUGGCAGAAAAUACUUUCUGGUGCCACUUUACAUUUUUUUAAUGAUAUUUUAGCUUAAUUAUUGUGUAUUAUUUUUGCACCAAAUCCUACAAAAUUCUCAACCUGUAGCACUCCACUAAAGUAGCAUCCUGAAGCCUGUUUUCCGGGUAAUGUUCCAUAGUAACCAAAUUCCUGCUUCAUGAUUCACUUGAUUCAUAUCCGUGUUGCUUGCAGUCCAUUGAUUGGUUUUCUAAAUAUGGGAUGCCUCCAAGCAGCAUCUUAUUGGCAAUGUGGGAGUCUGUGGAUAUUUAUUGUCAUCCACCAAAGUGUGUGGCUACAAAAACAUCAUAGAAACUAAAAAUCCCUGACCUGACUCGAGUCCUUGCGUCCCAACAUUCCCGUAAUUAUAUCUUGGAUAUUUAUGUCAGGUUUUUUUCAGGACUUAUGAAAACAUCAAUUUGUCAAGACACAGGAAGUCGGGGGAAUCAAGAGUGGGAGUGGGAGUCGGGCUUGAAUUAGCUUGUAUGUAUUAUAAACAUCCAAAGAAAGUUUGUCCCGUCCUGCUGCAUAUUUCACUCUCUCUCUUUCACUCUAAUAAUUGGACAGUUGACAUUUUCUGUCAUCAUAUUGGAGACAUCGGAGAAAGCUAGCCUGGGAGUCAAUAGUCUUUGUAUCAUGUUUUUUUUUUUGUUUUUUUUUUCUAGGACGUUCACCUUUAUCCACUUUUAUGAUGACUACUGUCCAAAUAUGUUGAGAUUUUUAUUAGAGUUGUAGAGACUUUUAGUUUUUCACACGGUGAACCAGCAACUAAGCCCGAUUGUAUAUUUCAAAUAUUGAAUAGAACUUCAUAUUGAAAGAUGUGCAUAUUUCACAUGCAGCAUCAAGAAGUAGAAUGAAGCAGUAACUCUUGUGAAUAAUUGUUUUUAUUGUACAAAAAAAAAAAAUCAGCAUACUCGUUUGCAUUUCUUGUAUUAUUUAUUCAUAUUGAUAUAUGGUUUUCAUUUGAAACAAAAUGUCACCGCAGUGAAGAAAAAGACAUUGUAUGUUUUUAACAGAUUGUGGCGACUUUAAAGAACUUUUUUUACUUGA